GACCUUUGCGGGUGGUUGCAUCUGGUUACUGUCGGUUGCCCUGGAGACGUGUACACAGAGGAACGGAUCCCAGGACCAGCCCAACGGUGGCGGAGGUCCUGGUAGCUGCGGACCACCGGCACCUGGAGAAGCAGGUGGGGCGCCAUGAGCCAGCGGCAGGUGCUGCAAGUGUUCGAGCAGUACCAGAAAGCCCGGACGCAAUUCGUGCAGAUGGUGGCAGAACUGGCGACAAGACCCCAAAACAUCGAAACGCUGCAGAAUGCAGGUGUAAUGUCUUUGCUCAGGCCACUUCUUCUGGAUGUGGUCCCAACAAUUCAACAGACUGCUGCUUUGGCUCUGGGGAGACUGGCCAAUUACAAUGAUGACUUAGCAGAAGCAGUCGUGAAAGGCGACAUUCUUCCACAGCUUGUUUAUUCAUUGGCAGAACAAAAUCGGUUCUACAAAAAGGCAGCGGCCUUUGUGCUGAGAGCAGUUGGUAAACACUCUCCCCAGCUGGCCCAGGCCAUAGUCGAUUGUGGAGCUCUGGAUACACUGGUGAUCUGCUUGGAGGAUUUCGACCCUGGAGUCAAGGAGGCUGCGGCCUGGGCACUUGGAUAUAUUGCAAGACACAACACAGAAUUAUCUCAAGCUGUGGUGGACGCAGGAGCAAUUCCUCUGUUAGUUCUGUGUAUCCAGGAGCCAGAAAUUGCUUUGAAAAGGAUCGCUGCCUCGGCCCUCAGUGAUAUCUCAAAGCACUCCCCAGAGUUAGCACAGACGGUGGUGGAUGCAGGAGCGAUUGCUCACUUAGCCCAGAUGAUCCUCAACCCUGAUGCAAAACUGAAGCGCCAGGUCCUCUCAGCUCUCAGUCAGAUUGCAAAGCAUUCUGUGGACUUGGCAGAGAUGGUUGUUGAAGCAGAGAUUUUCCCUGUUGUACUAACCUGCCUGAAGGACAAAGAUGAAUAUGUGAAGAAAAAUGCUUGCACCUUAAUCAGAGAGAUUGCAAAACACACGCCUGAGCUCUCACAGCUGAUCGUUAAUGCCGGAGGUGUGGCUGCCGUGAUCGACUGCAUAGGAUCCUGCAAAGGGAACAUCCGGCUGCCUGGCAUCAUGAUGCUGGGUUACGUGGCUGCUCACUCUGAGAACCUGGCCAUGGCGGUGAUCAUCUCCAAGGGUGUGCCCCAGUUGUCAAUCUGCCUGUCAGAAGAGCCAGAAGAUCAUAUUAAGGCCGCUGCUGCCUGGGCCUUGGGGCAGCUGGGAAGACACACUCCAGAGCAUGCCAGGGCUGUGGCUGUCACAAACACUCUGCCAGUUCUGCUGUCUUUGUACAUGUCACCGGAGAGCUCUGAGGACCUACAGCUCAAAAGUAAAAAAGCCAUAAAGAAUAUCCUUCAGAAAUGCACCUACCUCCCAGCCCUCGAGCCAUUCCUGUAUGACGCACCUCCCAAUAUCCUGAAACAUGUUGUUGGGCAGUUCAGUAAGGUGCUGCCGCAUGACAGCAAAGCCCGACGGCUUUUUGUGACGAGUGGUGGACUUAAAAAGGUUCAGGAGAUAAAGGCAGAGCCAGGCUCUCUCCUGCAGGAAUACAUCAACAGCAUCAACAAUUGUUACCCAGAGGAAAUAGUAAGGUAUUACUCACCUGGAUACUCCGAUACACUUCUGCAGAGGGUGGACAGCUACCAGCCACUGUGAACAAAGCAUAUUUUUAUUCUCCUCAGUUUCCCAGGAGAGUGUGAAUAGUGAUUGUUAAAGUUCUCUGAAAGUACAUUCUAGAUUUAUUCAAUGUAAGAUACCUUUAGAUAAUGUUUUCUAAAUGUAUGUAAUAGUUUAAGGUUAGUAGCUGGACUAUAUGGAGGACUAGUCAUAGUCAUUUGCAUACAUAGGAAUUUCUCUAAAGACAGGCUUAAAAAGACAUUAAAAGGUUUAAAACACUUGCUAUUGUCCUGCUGAAAACCACAUGCAAGCAGCACUAACACAGCCUUCAGUUAGAUGAGAGACAGUGUUCAGCAACACUAAGGCCAUUUCCUCAUAGUAAGCACAGACACUGACAACCUGCCUUUCAAGUUACCCAGAAGCAUCUGGAAGAAGAGCUGUAAAAUGAACCUGAUGACAGGGCAUGUAACGCUUGUAAGAGGUUUGGAUGCUAAUGCAGAAGCUAUGAUAGGCUGUUAGGUUUGGUUUUCCAAGAAUUUAGGCAGUUCUACUCAUUGCCACUGGUUUUGCAGCCCUUCUCCCUCUCCCUGAAGGGUCCCAAGCAUUGCAUUCUGGAAUCUGUGCUCCCCUUUCUUCUUGAGGUUUCAUACUCACGAUGUGGCAUGGAACCUUUGCCCACAGUGUUCUCCUGGCUUAGGCUCACAUUACCAAAUGCCCAAGUCAUGUUUUCCCAUGUUGAUAUGAGUGGAACACACCAGACUCAGACUUUAUUCACAUUUUAUAUUAGAUGUAGUAAUGGGGUCAAAGAAGAUUUCAAUAAAAUGUUAAAAACAGCA